GAUUUCCAUCAAUUCAAAGGGCGGAGCUUGUUACCAUAGUAUAUUAGAUACAAAAUUGUGCAAGGCUUAGCAUUAGCAUUGUUGUAUCUACACAAAGAAAGAGAUUUUUGUGUACUGCCUAGGGACAUAAAAGCAAGUAACAUUAUAUUAGAUUCAGCUUUCAAUGCAAAGCUUUGGGAUUUUGGGUUAGCUAGGUUGGUUGACCAUGAAAAAGGGUCACAAACAACUCUUGUGGCCGGUACAAUAGGCUACAUGGCUCCUAAGUGUCACAUAACAGGUAAGGCAAGCAAGGAGUCAGAUGUUUAUAACUUUGGUGUUGUGGCACUUGAAGUUGCAUGUGGCAGAAGGUCAAUAGACUCCAGUUGUGAUGAGCUUCUAGUGGCUUGGGUUUGGGAAGCACAUGGGAUCAAAUGGUCGUCAAUUAGGCAGGCAAUCCAGGUGCCUAAUUUUGUGGCAGCACUUCCAAAUCUACCAUGUAAGAGGCCUAUUCCCAAUUAUGAUAUCUCUAGUACUUCGGUCAUCGAAGAAAGUGAGCCUAAUUCAUUGAGCAUUACCAUCCCUCGCUAAUUUUCAUAUCAAACCUCAUGUAAAUUCAUGUUGAUUAUAAACAAGUGUGUUUAUUGUUCUAGAAUAAUAUGUAUGCCUUGCAUUUCACUUUGAAUCUUCAAUUUUUAUGGCAUUUUUAUGCUUGUAAUCUGUUCAUUUGAACAAUUAAAAUUUUUGUUGAUUAGUAACUGAGCCAGUUGAGGAUUUGGGCUUCUUUUUGAGUUACUGCCUAGAUAACUAGUGGAAUUGGUUAAUGUAACCUCAUUGAGAAUCAACACCUCUUUUACUGUCCCCUCUAAUAGAUGUCCCAAUGCUUA